AUGAUGAGACAAUAUGUUGAUAUAGUGAAUGAAGUUUCAUCGGCAAAUAUACGAAAAUUGAAUAGUUUCUCAUUUAUUUCUGAUGGUGUCAGAUGGCAUAGAAGUGCUCAAUCCAAACGAUGGUGUGAACAUUAUAGUAUUGAAUUAUGUGAAUGGCCAGGUUAUAGUCCUGAUUGUAACGCAAUUGAGCUGGUCUGGAAUAUUAUCAAACAGAAAACUUAUAAUAAGAAUGCAAAGUCACAACGUGAAUUAGAGAAUGCGGUCGAUGAAGCGUGCAAUGAACUAUCAUUAAAUAUCGUUCAAAAAUGUAAUAAAAAAACUCAGACAGUAUAUCAACAUAUUGUAUCGUUAUAA